UUUCAAACAGAAAGAAGUGAGGAGAGAGAAAGACAGCUUCCAGGAUGGCGAUGGGGAAAAAAAUAUAAUUAACGGAUAUCGAUUAUUUCUUUAUUGUGCUUAUUUUAAAAAAAUAGCGCCGAUUUUAUUGAACUGAUUUUAUUGUUAAGGAAAAAGAGAUAGGACUUUUUUACUCUAUAAAUAAGAUCAUCAGUAUUUAUUCCUAAUAAACUCCUCACGAUGGACUCGAACAGAAAGCAAAUGACGUUGCCGCUAAUGAUGUCCGUCGGGACAGCAGUAAUCGGCUCUUUACAGUUCGGCUAUAACACAGGAGUCAUUAAUGCACCUCAAGUGAUCAUCGAGGACUUCUACAAUGAGACAUGGUAUGCUCGGUAUUCUGAACACAUCCCUCCAAACUCCCUCACUACUCUCUGGGCCAUUUCUGUCGCCAUCUUUUCUGUAGGAGGUAUCUUCGGCUCUUUCUCUGUAGGACUGUUUGUCAAUCGUCUGGGCAGGAGGAACUCGAUGCUUGUGGCUAAUAUCCUAGCAUUUGUAGCAGCUGCUUUAAUGGGCUUCUCUAAGCUGGCUGCAUCCUGGGAGAUGCUGAUCUUUGGUCGGUUUGUUGUGGGUCUUUACUCCGGUCUGUCUACAGGCUUUGUGCCCAUGUACGUAGGCGAAAUUGCUCCGACCGCUUUGCGUGGGGCAUUGGGCACUCUGCAUCAGUUGGGUAUUGUCAUAGGCAUCCUGAUGGCACAGGUCUUUGGAAUUGAGUCUAUUAUGGGAAAUGCAACAAUGUGGCCUUUCUUGCUGGGCUUCACCUUCAUCCCAGCCUUGAUUCAGUGUGCCCUGCUGCCUUUCUGUCCAGAAAGCCCUCGCUUCCUGCUCAUCAUCCAGAAUGAAGAGAACAAAGCCAAGACUGUUCUGAAGAAGCUUCGGGGCACUGAGGAUGUUGGCGAUGACAUUCAGGAGAUGAAGGAGGAGAGCAGGCAGAUGAUGAGGGAGAAAAAAGUGACGAUCAUGGAAUUGUUCCGGUCUCCACUUUAUCGCCAGCCAAUUCUCGUCGCUGUCAUGCUGCAGAUGUCACAGCAGUUCUCUGGCAUCAACGCUGUAUUUUACUACUCUACUAGCAUUUUCAAGAAAGCAGGAGUGUCUCAGCCGGUCUAUGCAACCAUUGGUGCUGGAGUCGUGAACACUGUAUUCACCGUAGUCUCUCUGUUUGUGGUGGAGCGAGCAGGACGAAGAUCCUUGCACCUCAUUGGGCUUAUGGGAAUGGCUGUGUCUGCUGUUUGCAUGACCAUUGCCAUGGCACUGACUGAACAAGUCCCAGCCCUUUCAUAUGUCAGCAUUGUCGCUAUCUUUGUUUUUGUGGCCUUCUUUGAGAUCGGACCUGGUCCAAUUCCAUGGUUCAUUGUGGCUGAACUUUUUAGUCAAGGCCCCCGACCUGCUGCUUUCGCUGUGGCCGGUUUCUCCAACUGGACGGCAAAUUUCAUAGUAGGAAUGGGCUUCCAGUAUGUGGAGCAACUGACAGGCCCCUAUGUCUUCAUCAUCUUCACCGUGUUGUUGCUCAUUUUCUUCAUCUUCACCUACUUCAAGGUGCCUGAGACUAAGGGCCGGACAUUUGAUGAGAUCUCAGCAGGGUUCCGGCAGAAUGCGGGCUCCGGUGCAGAGAAGUACGGCCCACAUGAACACAACAUUCUGGGCGCAGACUCGCAGCUUUAAGCUCUGCGUUUUACUCCCACACUGCCUAAGUGGCUCUCUAUAAAGCUCUGAUAACAUACUGUAGAGUGUGCUGCAACACCCACUUUCAGAUAGAUGUGUUUGUCUAUCGACAAGAUAGGAAUCCUGUGACUGACUCCUGUUUGUGUGUCUCUUUUUAUUUCUUAGAACAAUGAGAGUAGCAUCUUUGUCUGCCAUUUGUGAUUCUUUUUUUUUUUUAACAAUUGCACUAUCACUGUGCAAUCACUGACCACUUGCAUUGCCUACUGACACAGAUGUACACAUUGGAUACACACCUGCAUAACACUGUUGUUUAUUUAUACUAUUCCAUCUGUCUGAAUGUAUCUUGACCUUUUAAAAAUUCAUUUUAAAAAUUAAUUAACGUGGGCUAAGACUCUGGCUAUUAAGAAGUUAGUUAUAGCAGUUCCAUCAUCACUACACUGUGCACAAGCUUCAGAAUCUGAAUAUCAUUGAUGUGAUAUCAGUGAAAUUCAUUCAUUCUUCUGUUCAUCCUGAGUAAGCACUUUAUCAUGGUCAGGAUCAUACUGGAUCCGAAGACUAUCACAGGAAAGCUGGGUCUAAUGUUGAGAAUAGAUCUUGGAUAGGAAUCCUGUCUAUCACAAGGUAACAUCCACACACACACACUCAUUCACAGCUGGGGUAAUUCAGUGCAGCCAAAAUACCUACAAGCAUGUUUUAGAAGAUGUUUUAGCUUUCUAUUCAUUUUUACUAAUAUCACUAAGUUUUUAAUUUAUUGGCAGAUAUAUUUCCUUGUUUCAAGAAAUAAAUGUAAGAAAUUAGUGAAAUUAUGAACUUGACAAGAAAUUUCACGAAGUGGACUUCAUUUCAAUGGUUUAUUGAUUUAUUGUUCAGGAUGUUUUUGGUGGACAUGAUUGAAACAAGUUUUCUUUUUGUCAAAGGAAUUCCAUGCAUUCUAAAAUGUUGUCAAUUUAUCCUAAUCCCUGAAAUGUCUGUAAGAUUUUAUAUUACAUGCCUUUAAAUUUAUAACACAAACUAUUGUCAUUUUAAUUACAUUGUCCUAACAGUAGCCUCAGGUGCAAUACAGAAUGAAUAAUAUUGGCACCAGCCUCCAUAAAAGAGAACCUUUGGAUUUGAUCCAUCAGUAGAACUAGUUUUGUUGGCAACAAUUCCACCACAUUUACACAAGGUAAAACAGAAUGUACAUUGAAACCAGAUGUAUUCAUGAGGAGGCUGUUCAAAAACAUCUAUGCCGGCUUAUACCAAAAAAUUGGGCUACUGAGUUUUAUGCUAUUUAGUUUUUAAAACCUACUUCACCCAUCUUUCAUCAUGCGUUGAAUAAAGUCCAAACAUUUUUUCUCUGCUGUUGUCUAACUGAGAAUAUUUCUCAAACAUGUUGCAUUAACCACUCAGCUUCACCCAGGUGAUUAAUUUGCAUUUACUUAAGUUCAGUCCAGCAGAAAGAUUCUGACUUUGACAUAGAAGCAAAGCUUAAUGAAUUUAUUUUCUGACAUUAUGUGACAUGAUAUUUGAAAGCUCUCUGUAUGUUUGGUAAAUCUUAUGACAAGGUUAAACCAUGGGUUCUGAAUGCUACAAAACUACACAUGCCACUGUGAAGCUGAAGUCACUCUCUCUUUGCUUUCAUUUGGACUCAUUUGGACCAGGCACCUUUUGCUCCAUGCUUCUGAGUUGAUUGUGCAGUUGUUUAGUUUCUAUUUCAUUUCUUUCUGCCAGACUUGUAUAUUUAGAAGAAUAACCCCACAUAACUGAUGUAAAAGUUCCACACAUUUAAUACACAAAUUAUAUCAUCAUAUAUAUAUAUAA